AUGAACUACAUCAAGAAACAAGCUAUGAUGAAGCCCCUUGUUGAUAUUCUGGACCAUAAGCAAAUAGUCACAAAUUGCCACCAGUCAAAGGUGAUACUAUUUUCUUAGACUUUUACCAUGAAUGUCAUUUAAAUUUCUAUUCUUUUGAAUAAUUAUUUACAAACGUAAAUGAUAAAUAUAUCAAAGAUGGCUUCUCGAGAUGCAUAUUUCACUGCCCCAUUUAAGCUUGUGGCAAAAUGUAACGACUUCCUUCAUCCUUUUGAGGCAUAUUAUUAUGUUUCAAUUAUAUAAUGUCACAAAUCAAUAGGCUUCUCCACAAGUUCAAUCUUCUUUUAAUUGUCCUUACAAUAAGUGGUCUUUUUUUUAUAAUCAAUCUCAAAUCCAUAGAAUGGUAGAUAAUAAUUCUUCAUUAUCAUGAAUUAAUAAUUAAUUAAUAAUAGAUUUUAAUCUUAAUUCAUGAUAAAUAGAUUUAUGUUUAUGUUAAAUUGAGAAAAAAUGUUUUUAAUUUAUUUUGACUAAUUAUAUGAUUUUAUGUGAAUUUAUAUAAUUUUUCUAAUCAUUAUUUUAAGAUAAAAUAAAAUAAAAUAAAAUAUAUAUAUAGAAAAUGAGGGGGCUACUUGUUGGCUAGUUGGGCUUGUACACUAGUCGCACAUGGAUCAAAGGCACAACCAUGUAGAAUCACAAGCUAACUCAAAUGGCUAAAGAUUGGUUGGGGCAUGUGUGUGUCACUCUCCUCCCACAUCACUGGUGGCCAACCAAGCAUGGGGCAAGGAGUGGUUGUACACAUGUAUAUGUGA